GGGAGAUCUUCCAAGAGCAGGACAAAUUUGUCCUAAGUCUGGAGGAUGUCCAGGCCCUCAAGAAACCAAUGGGAAAGCCAUUUCCUAAAAAACAAAGAGGAAGACCGAAAGGAAGCACAAACAAGAGUCCAUCUCAAGCAGCUCAGAAGGUGUCUUACAAUGAGCAAGCCAGGAAGCAGGAGGGGAACCAAAGAGGGGAAAAGCUGACAAACGGGCAAGUGAGUGGGCAGCCCCAGCAAGAGAAUGGAGUCAUGGUGAGGACACAAGGCGAAGGAGCCGGUCAGCCUUUGUCUUCUCCUGUGGCAGCAGCCCAGGAGCACAUUGCCAGCAGAAAACCAUUGCAGAGAGGACGCGGGAGACCUAGGAAGCACCCACAAGAACCAACAGGACAACCAUCUCUUAAAAGGCCAAGAGGAAGACCGAAAGGAAGUAAAAACAAGGGUCUAUCUCAAGCAUCUCAGAAGGAACAAACAGGAGACUCAUCUCCUAAAAGAUCAAGAGGAAGACCAAAGGAAGCAAAAACAAAAAUCCAUUUAAAGCAGUUCAGAAGGUGCCUUACAGCAAGUGAGGAAACCACCGAGCCAGCAGGCAUGAGGGGAGCAAGAGAGGAAAAAAGCCAGCAAACAGGGGAGUGA